AUGGACGGAUCCAACAUUAGCUCUCAAGUCAAAGCCAGCUUGGUAGAGAAACCCUGGUUCGGCUUCGACCUCGACGACACUCUCCACGAGUUCCGCCGCGCCUCUUCGGCCGCCACGACGAAGACGCUGGAAGCCAUCUCUCGGAAACACGGGACUCCCGUUGACGAGUUGAAGGAGGCGUACGGCCACGUCCUCCGCGUCAAGACGGCAGCCGCAUUUUCAGACGGUAAGACGUCGUUUGAGUAUCGACGGGAACGCUUCUCUUCGGUGCUGGACCGGUUCGGGUCACCCAGCGACGAUGCGGCGUUUUUGGAUUCGUUAUUGGAUGUCUAUGAGCGGACUUUGAAUGAAUCGCUCCAGCUAAAGGACGGUGCGGGGGCGUUACUUAAGAAGUUGAAGACUAUGGGGAAGAAGGUUGUUGUUAUUACGGAGGGUCCGCAGGAUGCGCAGGAGAGGACUGUGAGAGAGCUUGGAAUUGAUGGGUAUAUCGAUUUUCUGGCGACGACGAACUUCUUUGGGGUGGCUAAGACGGAGGGACUGUUUGGGGAGGUGCUGCGGCAUCUUGGGAUCGGGGCGGGGGAGAUUGUGUUUGUUGGGGAUAGUGUGGUGAGGGAUGUCGAGCCUGCUUUGAGGGAGGGGAUUUUGAGCGUGCUUUUUGAUGAGAGGGGGGAGACUUCUUGGGAGGGGAGGAUGAUGAAGGUGAAGAGUUUGAGGGAUCUUGAGGGCUUAUUUGGGGAUGGGGAUGCGUGA